AAACUUGGGGGAGGAGCUUGAGCGCCAGCCGCUGUCCCAGUUCUGCCAGCAAUCGAAUCUAAGUGUCUGGUUAUUACCGUACCGCAGUACGUGCCUGGGCCGCGGUACUACAGUGUCCGGUCGCUCGCUUGCCAGGCAGGAGUAGCUGCGCGCGCGAUCGGCAGCAGGGAAUGGAAGCGGAGAACGCAGGCAGCUGUCCCCUUCAGCACGCGCAAGCUUUUUAUACAUUUCCAUUCCAACAAAUGAUGGCUGAAGUUCCUAUGGCAGUUAUGAAUGAACAAGAAAUGCCGGAAGUUCCAGCCCCAGCUCCUGCUCAGGAACCCACACAAGAGACUCCAAAAGGAAGGAAAAGAAAACCCAGAAAAACAGAACCAAAAACACCGGUGGAACCCAAAAAACCCGCUGAAGCCAAAAAAUCUGGCAAGUCCACAAAAUCAAAAGAAAAGCAAGAAAAAAUUACAGACACAUUUAAAGUGAAAAGAAAAGUAGACCGGUUCAAUGGUGUUUCAGAAGCUGAACUUUUGACGAAGACUCUACCGGACAUUUUGACCUUCAAUCUGGACAUUGUGAUUAUUGGCAUAAACCCAGGACUAAUGGCUGCUUACAAAGGGCAUCAUUACCCUGGACCUGGAAACCAUUUUUGGAAGUGUCUGUUCAUGUCAGGGCUGAGUGAGGUCCAACUGAAUCACAUGGACGAUCACACUUUACCAGGAAAAUAUGGUAUUGGAUUUACCAAUAUGGUGGAAAGGACAACACCAGGCAGCAAGGAUCUUUCCAGUAAAGAAGUUCGUGAAGGAGGACGUAUUCUAGUGCAGAAAUUACAGAAAUAUCAGCCACGAAUAGCAGUGUUUAAUGGAAAAUGUAUUUAUGAAAUUUUUAGUAAGGAAGUUUUUGGAGUAAAAGUUAAGAACUUAGAAUUUGGACUUCAACCGCAUAAGAUACCAGACACAGAAACGCUCUGCUAUGUUAUGCCAUCGUCCAGUGCAAGAUGUGCUCAGUUUCCUCGAGCCCAGGACAAAGUUCAUUACUACAUUAAGCUGAAAGACUUAAGAGAUCAGUUGAAAGGCAUUGAGCGAAACACAGACGUCCAAGAGGUGCAAUAUACAUUUGACCUGCAGCUAGCCCAAGAGGAUGCAAAGAAGAUGGCUGUGAAGGAAGAAAAGUAUGAUCCGGGUUAUGAAGCAGCGUACGGUGGUGCUUAUUGUGAAAAUCCGUGCGGUAGUGAACCUUGCAGCUUCUCUUCAGAUGGGCUGAAAAUUCUGAUGAUAAAGGAGAGCGGACACUCCAAAGUCAUCCCAAGUGAGUUCAAAAUAUCUUCCAAGUUUCUUGUUUUACCUUCAAGUUCGUGUAAACUGUACAUAAAUAUAGGGGAAAAAAAUAGUCCCUUCAUUGUCGGAAGAGCUCCUCUCAGGGAGAAAACUCUUCGUUAUGUAAUCAAGGUCUUCUAUACACAGAUGUGAUGGAUAGGGGUGAGAUCAGGAGAAAGCUAACUGGGUCGAGUAAAUGAUGAGCUGGAAUCCCCGGGUUUGGCAGCAGCCCAAGAAGAACAGCGUGUAAGGAGGAGAAAGAUCACAGGACAGGAGCUGCCAGUCGCCCAAGAGAACUUCUUUCCCUGUGCAGAUGGGCCCUAGGGACUUUCAAAGAACUGGAAUUUCCAAUAUGCAGUCCACAGUCUCUGCCAUGCUCUGCACCUUCUCAUCCCCACCCUACCUCUACACUGCUUUCCCCUCUGGAUCAACACACAUGUUGCUGUGUUUAAGGGAAAUCAAGGGAACGGGGCAAUGCUCUUUAUUUUGGACAUGGAGGACAGGGGAGAGAAACAACUGAGCUAGAAAGUUCUGUGGGCACCGGACAUGAGAAUGGAAGUCAUCAAGAAUUGGUACAAAGUUUGGAGGGAAUAUUGGAUGGAGGAAAGGUGAGUUAAUUGUGAGUUAAUUGCAUUUGAAUCUCCAAAUCUAUGGCAGAUGGCAGGAAUCUUAAACUUUUUUUGACAUAAGUAUCUUGGAAGUCUGGUGAAUCCCAUAGACCUCUUCCCAGAAUAAUGUUUUUAAAAGCUUAAAAGAUAUAUUGUAUUAUAAAGAAAACCAAUUACACACUUUUAAAGAAAAUUAUCAGAAUAUUGGGGGGAAAAAACAAAUUUGUGAUACCUAUAGCAUUAAACAUGCUUCUUUAUUAAAUAACAAGGGCUAUUAGCAGGUAUAAUACUUAUUGUAGCUUUAAGUAGUAAUGAGCUUUAAAAGAUGUGAGAUAUUUGUAGCAGCUGUGAUGUAACAUGAAAGUACCUGAUUUACACUGAUGAGGAAGUCACAGGUACUACAGUUCCUUCUGUGGCUUGUUUCCUAUAUUCACAAACGAAGGAAAUGCUCACAUUUUUCCUCAUCUAAGUGCAUGAGAAAAUGAAAUGUAUCCAUGGACACUCUGAGGGUCUGUGCAUCCCAGGUUAAAGGUUACAGAAUCCCUGGGGUAGGUUGAUUCAACUGACAUCUGGGUUAAUAUGUCAUAGAAAAGUCAUGUGUUUAAUGUUUUACCAUCUAGAAAAACUGCUGCUUUGGGAAGAUUUGCCAGGUUUGUGCUGUGGCUUUUUGUAGUCUUAACCACUGGACACCAGGGAAGUCCCAGGAACAACUUCUUUUAACAGAAGAGGCAACUACUUCUUUAGAGAAUAAAGAAUUGGCCUUAUGAGAACUAUUUUUCUGCCAAGACAUUUGAGACAUGUUGACAAGGUAAUUUCUUUAUAGUGUCCUGGAUUUCCACAAAUUUCCUGUUGUGAACUUCCAUAAUUAGAAAGAGUGCUUCACUCAGGGAGGCACAAACGGUGAUGUAUAACAAAUAUUCAGUAAACCUGUUUUUUUUUAAUAGACUUCCUGUGACACAUGUAAUUGAUUAACUCCAUAUUAACAGGUCAGCUUCAAAAUAUGACUUGAUUUUCUUUUUUUUGUUUGCGGCCGUGCAGCAUGUGGGAUCCUAGUUCCUUGACCAGGGAUCAAACCUAUGCUCCCUGCAGUGGAAGUGCAGAGUCUUAACCACUGGUCCACCAGGGAAGUUCCUUGACUUGUUGAUUUUUAAAUGUUUAAAUUUUUACAUAUAGUAGAAUUCACUUUUCUGGUUGUAUUGUUCCAUGAAUUUUAACACAUGCAUAAAUUCCUGUGAUAAUCACAACAAAUGAGAAAAAGAACAAUUCCAACACCUCCAAAAAAUUCUUUUGUGCUGCCCUUCUGUAGGCAAACCCAACUUGACACCUAACUCCUGGCAACCACUGAUGUAUUCUCUGUGGCUAUAGUUUUGUCAUUUCUAGAAUGUCACGUAAAUGGAUGCAUACGGUAUACAAUCUUUAAAGACUCUCUUCUUUUGCUUAGCAUGACGCAUCUGGGAUUGAUACUUGCCGUUGCAUGAAUCAAUAAUUUGUUCCUUUUUAUUACUGAAUAGCGUUCCACUGUAAGAAUGUAUCACAGUUUAUUUAUCCAUUAACCCAUUGAAGGACAUCUGAGUUCUUUCCGGUGUUUUUUGAUUAUGAAUAAAGCAUCUGUAAACACUU